AUGGAAGCAGAUAAGAAUGAUUCAACCACACAUAGUAUUGAGAAUACGGAUGUUUCACAGGAUGAUUUCAGCAACGAAUUAGCUGCUGCCAUAAGGAAAUCCUGGUCGGAAGCAGUUCCAGCACCUGAGCCUGUCACCCUCACAUCUGGAAGAUAUAGACAUCCUAUGGAGGAAAGGUCCCCCAUUGGAACUCCCGUGAGUUCCAUACCAGGACGCUCUGCACAAACGCCACCUCUACCCGGUGUGGAUCCAACAAUACCUAUCCAAUCGUCUCUUCGUCAACAAUUUCAACAACCUUCUACGAAUAAUAGUAAUAAUGGGGGAACAGACUAUCAAUUAUUUAAGCAUCAUUACUCUCUACAAGAUAAUCAAAGGGGUAAUUCAGUUUCCGAUAUCCUCAAUGAUCUAGAAAUAAACGGUCCAGCAGACGUCGGAAGUCACGAACGACAAGAAUCACAAAUGAGAUCCAUGUCACCUCAACGACCACCUUUAAACACGAGACGUAGUUCUAUUCAAGAUGUUCAAUGGAUCCGACAAUUAUUGAAUCCUAGAAGUUCAUUUUCCGGUGCUUCACUUAAUGAACCUCCCAGUGCUAUUAGAAUGGAGACACCACAAGUUGGUAAUAAGAAAGGUUGGGUUACUAUUCUUAAGGACACAUCUAUGCGAUCUGUGAAGUCGUUGUUGGUGCUAUACCAUUCAUUACAAUUGGUUGGAAGUAAAUAUAAGCUUUAUGUGAUUUAUGAUUUGAUGCAAGAUGUUUCUGAGUUGCGGAGAUUGGAUGUUGUGUUGAUGGGUACAAGUUUUUCCAUGAUGGAUAAGAAAUGGGAUGAAUUAAGUUUAUUUUGGAGUCACUUGGAGAAUUAUGACUUAGAAUUGAGUUGUUACUUGUCAUCCAAUUGUUUAAUAUUGGCAAAUAUUGAUGAAUUAUUGGAUAGUAAUGAGAUUGCUGAGGAGAUUGACAAUGAGACAUGUGUUUUGUUAAGUAAUGAGACGAAUAUGGAGGAUGGUACGAUAGCACCCCAAAUUAUUAUAUUUAGACCUAAUCGUGAAGUGAAGAUGUGCAUAGAUGAAUUUUUCACGAUAUAUGGAGAUAUCAACAGUACGGAAGAGUUACAAUUGAAAAAGAGGAAAUUUAAAGAAAUGACUGAUUUUGAUGUAUUGAAGAAAUUAUUUGGAGAUACUUGGGGCCAUCUAUCUGCCGAGGGGUAUGUGGUAACAUUGAGACAAGAUGUUCCUCUGAAUGAGACGCAUAGGAUAAUUGAUUUCCAAUAUUUACAGCCCUGGAAUCUGGGUAGUGGUGGUGAGGGAUACGGCAAUCUUAAGACAGAUUCAGUUUGCUACAGAUGGGUCCAGAUAUGGAAUGAUUUUCUGGCACAUAAUAAGUAA